AUUUAGUUAGUUGUUUAAGUUCAGUUUCCUCAUUGUCGAGUAGAAUUUUCUUGAGUGGCUUACAGUAUUCUAGAAUGUGAUAGUUUACUCUCGAUUGACUGUAUUUGGUGCACCAGUAUAAGAUGUGCUGGAGAUCUUCUUUUUCGUUGCAAAUUCCGCAGUUUUCGUCGUGUUCCCAUCCCCAUUUAAACCUUCUGUCUUCACUAAGUGUGUGCAAAAUUCUAAGAAACAUUGUGGCAAUCGAUAUUAAUAAACUCCAGUUUUGGAAACGAAACACUGCAGCUAGGAAGCGAUUAAGGUUUGCCAGUAGCUCUGGGAAAGUUAUGAGCGAUAGAAAAAUUAAAAAAGACGCUACCAACAAAGAAAUUAUCAACAUGGGUGAUGCUGCCGGAUAUUUGGAUCGUUUCGUGGGCGAUGUCAGCAAAAAGUCUGCCACCAAGCAGAUUCUCAUCGGUGCAGGUAGUGGGUGGGCAACAGGAUACAUCACAAUGAAGGUGGGUAAGGUUGCUGCAGUGGCCGUUGGAGGAGGAAUUAUAUUGCUACAAAUUGCGAACCAACAAGGAUAUAUUCAAAUCGAUUGGAACAAAAUUCACAAAAAAGUAGACAAAGUUACCGAUAAGGUUGAGGAAGCCGUUACAGGGCAAGGUCCUAGUUGGGCUGAUAAGGCAGAACGUUUUGUCGACAGAAAAUUGAAUCAGGCAGAGGAUGUUUUGAAGAAAAAAGGCAAAAAGGCGCAUAAAUGGUAUACAAAUCUCAUUGGUGACGAUACCGGUUGUAAAUUGAACGAUCUUCAUAUAUUCAUCUGUGCCUUCGCUGCGGGUGUCGCGAUCGGCAUCGGAACUGCCUGAAGCAUAUAAACGACUAGCUGCGCAAAAAAACCGAUCAUUGUAUUCUCAGAAAAACAAGCACAUUAUCGAUAACAUCGCUUUUCAUCGGUCAAAACAAGAUCCAAUUGUUACAAGCGAGCGAACUACGUUAAGUUGUCACACUAGGUUAUCUAUUUUGUUUAAAGUUUCACUCCACAAGCGAACGGUGCUAAAGCAACAGUUAAAGUAAACACAUUUAAUGCCAACGAACAAGCAAGGUUUUAUCACGAGUGAAAUCAUAAUUUGCUUGAUUGUGUGCGAAGACAUCCGCUGUGAUCAAGGCAAGGAUUUAAUUUUGUAUUUGAGAAGAAGUAUUUUUAAGUAUCUGCAACAACUAAGAUCAUGUUCGAUUAUAUUUAAAUGUAAUUAUUAAGUUAAUAGUAUUUGAAAAGCAUACUGAAGGGUGACCGACUUAUUGAUAGCAAUAAUCCAUGUUUUAAUUUCCACUAUCCAACAUUCAUAUGUACUUAGCUCAAAACGCCAAUGGAAUGAUCUGAAAUUUUAGAAGCAAAAAGUUCGCCUGAUUCAGAUAGAAGUGGAGCUAUCCCAGUUAUAACAUGAAGAUACGGUAAAAUCAAUCAUGAAUUUCUCAUAUUACAUGUAAGCAACCUAUAUGUACUGAGUUGAGCAUAAUAAACGGAUUUAUUGAAGAAUAA